AUGCAGGUAGCUGGCGUACUUUCUGAUCUCGCGUCGCUGCGAGCUUGUGACCACGCAGAUGCGCUCUCUUUGGUCAACAUACAUAAAGCUGUGCUAGAUACCAAACCAGCUUCAUCUCAGUCGGACCCUAGAGCCGGGCAGAGUCAUGGACAGUCCCAGAACCAGGACGUGCAGAGGGCAACGGAACUUGUUGACCUGCAUAGAAGCAUGAAGGAGCAUCACAUCUAUCGGAAUGGCGGAGUAGACGCUGGUCUUCAUCAGGCACGGAUGGACGUGGAGGAUGUGCUGGCGAAGCUGGGCCGGUCAUGA